UCCUAUCUCUCUCAUCUCCUAUCUCUCUAUCAUCUGCUAUCUAUCAUCUCUCUCUCAUCUCCUAUCUCUCUAUCAUCUCCUGUCUCUCUCUCAUCUCAUUUUUCUGUAAAAUUGCUUUUAGUUUAAUCCCCCUUCUAUUGUUUUUCUUUGUCUUUCUAUCUCUCUUUCUCUGUCCUCUAUCUCCUCUGUACCCUUCUCUCUCUUCCUUAUCUCUGUGUUUAGAGACUGUUGCUCAUUGUGUAGUAGUUGGAAGUUGAAGGGCAGAGCAGCUAGCUUUAGACCAACUGUCCCUCAGCGGUGGUGGUGGUAAUCUUUCGGUUAGGUAAGCAUUGCUGUGGUCGAGGAGCGGUCAUGGUCCUGGCUGUGGAGGACGCCUGUCCCAACGGGUUAGAGGUAGAGGUGGAGCCCCCUCCGGAUGCAGGCGGGACGGGAGAGGCAGGCGGGACGGGGGAGGGGGUGGUUGGGUCCAGGGAGGGGGCGGCUGCUGAGCCCACAGAGGGGGCCAACACAUCCGGAGCGAUGCAGCAGGUGUUGGAUAACCUGGGGGAGCUGCCCACCUCCACGGGGGCCAAAGACAUCGACCUCAUCUUCCUCAGAGGAAUCAUGGAGAGUCCCAUUGUACGGUCACUCUCCAAGGCCCACGAGCGAUUGGAGGACUUGAGGCUGGAGGCGGUGCAGGACAACAAUAUAGAGCUGGUCACAGACAUCUUGGGUGACAUCACUGCCCUCAGCGUCCGUGAUGACAGCGCAGCGGAACUCUCCCGAAUCCUCCAGGAGCCCCAUUUCCAGUCGCUCCUUGAGGCCCACGACAUGGUAGCCUCUAAGUGCUAUGAGGCCGUGCCCCCAGCGGAGCUGUUUAAUGAAGAGCUGGGGAACAGUUCUAUGAUGCAGGCCGAUGCUGUACGCAUGAUCGGCAUCCGCAAGAAGGCUGGAGAACCACUGGGAGUGACGUUCAGAGUGGAGAAGGAGGAGCUGGUCAUCGCUAGGAUCCUCCACGGAGGAAUGAUUGACAGGCAGGGUCUGCUGCACGUGGGUGACAUCAUAAAGGAAGUGAAUGGGCGGGACGUAGGGAACAACCCCACUGAGCUGCAGGAGAUGCUGAAGGACUGCAGCGGAGGAAUCACUCUGAAGAUACUGCCUAGUUAUAGAGAUGCACCCGCCCCACCACAGGUGUACGUGCAACCCCACUUUGACUACGAUCCAGCAAAUGACCAUCUGAUCCCGUGCCGAGAGGCGGGGAUUGGCUUCAAGAGGGGGGACCUCCUUCAGAUCGUCAACAGGGAGGACCCCAACUGGUGGCAGGCGUGUCAUGUGGUUGGUGGAGCCACUGGACUGAUCCCCAGUCAGUUCCUGGAGGAGAAGAGGAAAGCCUUCGUCCCAAGAGAUUUUGAUGGCUCAGGGAUCCUGUGCGGUACGAUAACUGGAAAGAAGAAGAAAAAGAUGAUGUAUCUAACGGCCAGGAAUGCAGAGUUUGACAGGCACGAGCUGCAAAUCUAUGAGGAGGUGGCCAAGAUGCCCCCAUUCCAGAGGAAGACUCUGGUUCUGAUUGGAGCCCAGGGGGUGGGCCGACGCAGCCUCAAGAACCGACUGGUGGUCCUUAACCCAACAUGCUUCGGAACCACCAUCCCCUUCACCUCCCGGCGUCCCCGUGACGAUGAGCUGGACGGUAAGUCGUACCGGUUUGUGACGCGGACGGAGAUGGAGGCGGACGUGAAGGCGGGCGGCUACCUAGAGCACGGCGAGUACGACGGGAACCUCUACGGAACCAAGAUGGACUCCAUCCACGAGGUGGUGGACACGGGGCGCACCUGCAUCCUGGACGUCAACCCACAGGCUCUGAAGGUACUAAAGACUGCAGAGUUCAUGCCGUAUGUGGUGUUCAUCGCAGCACCAGAGUUUGAGACGCUCAAGGCCAUGCACAAAGCUACGGUGGACGCUGGAAUCACCACCAAACAACUCACGGAUGUGGAUCUGAGGAAGACUGUUGAUGAGAGUGCUCGUAUCCAGAGGACCUACAACCACUACUUUGACCUCGCCAUCACCAACGACAACCUGGACCGCGCCUUCCAAACGCUACAGGCUGCCGUCGACAAACUCUGCUCCGAACCACAGUGGGUCCCCGUCAACUGGGUCUACUGAACCCCAACCGGACACUGUCUGACCGGUCAACUUGACCGUGCAUGUGUUCGACCACAGAGACAGGGGAAAGGAAAGGAGAAAGGGUGUUCGUCAUGUGAGGGACUUUGACGGGGAAAACCCAAGCCCACCACCUCGUCCCUCUCUCCCUUCCUCCUGCACACAAUGCACAUUUUUUCUACUCGAAACUCAAAGGCAAAUAGUUCUUAUUUAUUUUAAUAUUUGUAACUUUUUACGAAAUAUCUUUCUAUUCAUACCAACGUGGAAUUCAGAAAAAUGAAAAAAAUAAAAAGGCCAAACAUCAAGGCCAUAUUUAUUUGUUGUUGUUAUGUUUGUUUUUUGUAGUUGUUCCUCUGAGAAGUAAUGAUGUUUAUUUUCUUCUCCGAGGACUGCUCUAGCAAGAGUUAUUAUUAUUGUUAUAUCAACACAGUUCAAGAACCAAGUUCAAGAACGACACUAUGGAAUAUUCCAGAACUCUGAGCAGUGUUGCCAAGGAAACCUGUUUACAGCGCUCGUUAUUGCCAUGACAACUACCGUGUCUCAGUCCAAAUCCUGUGAAGCCCACCCUUGUGAUUGUCGUAGGACCUCCCACUCCAAAGAAAAUCCCCUACAGUGCCCUGUAGUAUGUACUGUAGUUGGCUACCCCUUGUUUGGUUUGUGUUUACCUCUUUAGAAUUAUGACUUAAGAAAAAAUGUACUUAUUGUCUGAAUAUCUAUCCCUCACACAUCCUACAAAGAGAAUGAAGGGAAAAGCUUUACAUUUGACAUUGUAGUAUUGAAGAUCAGGAUCAAACUCUCUCUGUGUUUCAUUCAUGUCUUUCUUUGAGUUGUCUGUACUUUUAUUUUAGUACCGUAGGAUUCACUGUCUUUUGUUGCUACGGUGAUCUUUUUAGCUAAGUGACAUUUUUGUCUCGCAUGAUCCUUUGCUUUGAGUUGUUGUUUUCGAAUAUUGAACAAAUACUACAUCCUGUUUUGAAGCGUUCUGUCUGUGUUGUGUCGACAGCAUGACCGUCAGAAUACCACUCACCAUCUACCCUAAUCUGUAUGUAAGGUGCUUAUUGUUGUUUUUUAAUCUGUUGCUAUCCCACGGUCCUCUCCUCCAGUAUCACAAAGCUCCAAAACCCUCCUGCACUGUAACCGAAAUACUACAUUCUGUUUCCUGUGGUCACUCUGAAAGAUUUCCCAACUCGUGACCAAUAACAGACAUCUCUAAUAGCAAUACAUUGUUACAAUAAAUUAACUGAAAUUCAGCUGGAAA